GUAUGCAUUUAGCUCAAAGGGAAAAGUAAUAGUAAUAAUAGAAAGUAUUUUUUCUUUUUGGUCACAAAUAGAGAAAGUUUUUUUUUUUUACAUAUGGAGUGGCAAAAAUACUAUAUGGAUAUAAUGUUUGUACCAUGUGGGUUUCUCAUCCUUGUUUUAUAUCAUUUCUUGUUAUGGAAAAUUACUCGAUCUCAGCCAAUGAACACAACAUUUGGAAGAGACGCAGAUGGUCGAAGGCAUUGGGUUCCAGCCAUUAUGAAGGAUAUUGACAACAAGAAUGUCGUUGCAGUACAAACUCUUCGUAACUUAAUAAUGGGAACAAACCUAAUGUCAACAACAUCUAUUCUCCUAUGUGCUGGCUUAGGAGCAAUUAUAAGCAGCACUUAUAGUGUUAAAAAGCCAAUCAAAGAAUCAGUUUUUGGAGCACAUGGUGAUUUUGUUGUGGUAUUAAAAUAUGCCAUAGUACUAACAAUGUUAUCAUUCUCAUUUGUUUGUCUCACUUUAUCAACAGCAUUUAUCAAUCAAGUGAAUAUGCUAAUUUGCAUUCCACAAAAUGUUAAGUCCAUGGUAACACCAGAAUAUUUGACCCAACAUCUUGGAAAGGCAAUGUUGUUGAACAUAAUUGGAAAUAGGCUUUUCUAUACAGCAAUUACACUUCAACUUUGGAUCUUUGGGCCAUUGUUACCCUUCCUCUCUUCAAUGUUAAUGGUUUGUAUACUUUACAAUCUUGACUAUGUGGAUGGGGCCCGCCCUAGGAGCAGUCAAGAGAUGGAUUUUAUUAGGAAUGAUCCAUGAGGGGCAAUAUUACUAAAAAAAUAAAUUGAACAAAAAUUUAGGAAAGCAAAAUAUGAAAUUUGUUAUGAUUAGAGUCAUUUAUCUUUCAAUAAAGUCCUAAAAUUCUUUAGGGAAGCGGAUUGUGUAAAUAGGGCUUAAGAUUUCUCUUUGAUUAAUUACUCAUUCCACAUACUAGACCAUGUAAAACAUGGGUUUGUUAAUGCUUUGGUUUAGUUUUCUAUUGUGUAAGGCUACAUAGCCAAUAUUUGCUUUCAAUUAAAUAAUAAUCUCUUUAAAACCUCCUUUCAAAAAAA